AUGUUCAAUGGAAACGUGAGACGUAAUAACACAUUACCAGCUAUUGAAAUCUUAGAGAGAAAUGUUAAGAAAACUCCUACAUUCCAUUCUAGAAGACCCCGUGAUAUACCUUUUCAUCUACCUCACAAAAAGUUAUUAGAAAGAAUUGAGUUUGUCAAACCUGAACCAGAGCCAUUGACUGGGUUUGGUGCAGCGCAAGAGAAAAGAUUUAAAAAAGAACGAAAAGUAGCAGUUUUGCAGCUUGAACCAACAAAAGCUGAGGAUGGUUAUGAAAACAUAAUUAUUAACAUUCUAUACUCAUCUUUUGAAGAUAAAAAGAAGAAAAUAAAAAUACAAAGUUUUGAGGAACAAUGUACAAAAGAUCCAUUAAAAGUGAAACCUGUAGUAGCAUCACAAAAGGAAGUUAUUGACUAUGUGAAACAAAACCCAUCAUGUGGGUUUCUUUAUAUGAUAUAUGCAGUUCAUCCAGAAAAUGUUUACUUUACCCCAUAUUAUUUGAAAGUGGUUCCUUAUGAAGAAAUUGAUAAAAGGAAUUAUCUAACUAUCAGUCCUUGUGGAGUCACCCAUUAUACAAAUGAAAUGGUAUUCACGAAAAUACAAGCAUGGGAACAAGAAUACACCAUAUUUGUAAAGCUCACUGAUCUCAGGAAAAACAGAACUUUUGCGACUAUAGAAAGUGCUCAUAGAGCGGUGCUUAUGGUUAUUAUCGGCAAACCAGUUUAUUUCCCCACUAUUGAGUUGUAUGCUCUUAAUGACGUUUUAACAGUGCGUCAGAUUUAUCUCCUGCAAAUUAUUUUACGGCAACACGCUCAACUCCCAUUUCCAACUAUAAGUGAUAAGCCUUACUCCUGUAAAUCAAACGUAGACCAGUCUUGCCGUAUGAAACAAAUUGAGUACAUGCGAGACAAGCUUAGUGAGUUUCGUUCAGUCGUUCUAGAAAUUAUUGUUCAAGCAUGCCAUACGGCUCUUUAUCAAAAAGGCUUCCUUUUUGAUGACCGAAAUAUACCACCAUUUCAAAUUAUAAGGGGCAAACCAACUGGUGGCAUGUCUUACACUGAAAAAGCCAAUAAAAGGAAAUAUUGCGAGAGGUUAGCUAGUUUUAUCAAAGUUACGGAUUACAUGACAAAUUAUAUGCUCUACCGCUUGACGAAAAGAUCUAACACUAUGAUGGCUGCUAUGCUACGUAAGCAUGUAGAAUUUACACCCGACAGCGAGCUUCUCGCUGGCACUGAAGUCGACGAAGUCCUAGAAGUUUUACCACGAGAUACAGAUACGUGCAAGUGGGCAUUGUUCCAAGUAGAUGCUUAUGUAAUGCCAAAUGGUGAAGUAGAGUUAAACCCUAGCCAAAAAGUGAUAUCAUCUUAUUUAGAGAAAAUAACGAAUUAUUGGGAUGAAUAUGUACGAACAUUCCACAACUUUUUAAAUGAAGAAUCUUUACAAAUAUUUGUUCAACCCACUAUAAUGGGAAAACAAACAGAAUGGUCUGCUGGUGUAGCUCCGAAUUUAUAUUUCCUGAUGAAUCAGGAUAAAACAAUGUUGGAAGAUAUUGCUUUUAUUCCACACUCUGUACAUUUCGCCUAUGAUUCUGUAUGGACGUUCUUGCAAAGGAUGCAAUGUUUUAUGGACAACUUUAAAGAAGCUCACGAAAUGGACGUGAAUUUGAUAAAAGCUGAAAGAGAUGUAAACGGAUUUCGAAAACUUUGCGAUAAGCUUAACAAGCAAAUGGAAGACAUAGAAGAUGUGGUAGCCUAUCAGCCCCUUGGUCUAAUAUUCUUAUGUUUAUGUCCUUUCCAAGAGCUGUUCAGACCUCAACCUCGUCGUCUCUUUGAGGUUGUUCUAAAUGUGACACCAGAUAUUGGACAUGCCUGUAUCGAAGAGAUCCUCAAUGGAAUAGACAAUAUCACAGACGACAUUACCAAAGAGCCCGAGAGCGCCGGCGAGCUUGUUGCAUUUAAUUUUAUGCUGGAUGGACUGGAGCCACGUGUAGUCGUUCUUGAGGAGAGGUUAGAGUAUCUGCGUGAACUAUACGAUCUAAUGGGCGAAUUCAAUAUCCCUAUACCACCAGAUGACAUGACCGAUUAUUUAGGUUUAAGCGUUGCCCUGGGUACUCUCAGAACAAACGUAGAUGCUCGAAUAGAGACUCGCAGCAAACUCGCAGGACUGUUCGCAAGUCAAAUCGGCAAAGAUAUAAUGGAGCUUAUAUUGGACGUUAACAAAUUAAGAGAUGAAGUUGUGGCUCCUUGGUUGUACGACUACAAAUCAGAUUAUGAUAAAGUACUAGAGACCCUCGCUGAUCUGCAAGAGAAGCUACAGGAAUGCUCUGCCAGAGAUAAGCAAAUUCGCGAGUGGCAAAAGAUAUUCAAAAUACCACCAGCCAGAUUAGAACAGUUAGACGAAACUAUUAACGACGUGAAACUUAGACAACUGCUUUGGAAAUCUUCAAAAGAAUGGAACGAUAUGUACCAGUCUUGGUAUGAGCUACCAUUCCAUACUUUAGACAUGGACGAUAUACAAACAACGACUAUUAAUUAUGGAAAGAUAUUUAAUCAACUUGAUAAAGGUUUACCCCCCAACAAGAUAGUACCUAAAUGUAAAGAGACUAUAGACAUAAUAAAAGAGAAGAUACCUGUGAUGUCGUACUUACGCAACCCAGCACUGAAGCCGCGACAUUGGGUUAAAAUUGAGGAGAUCCUGCACACACGGUUCACACCCGACUUGGUCGUAACGCUCAGCUUACUCGAGGACUUGCACGCGUUCCAACAUGCUGAAGAAUUGAUGGAAGUAGCUGGACAGGCCAGUUCGGAGGCGGGAUUGGAAGCGUUAUUGAAAAAGGUGGAAGAAAUGUGGGCAGCAUUAGAGUUCCCAGUGCUAUUACAUAAGGACGCCCGUGAUGUGUACGUAUUAGGUGGACUGGAAGAAAUACAGGCAGCACUUGAUGAAAGCAACAUCCAUAUCAGUACGAUACUCAGCUCCAGAAGCUGCGGCCCCAUUAAGAGCAGAGUCGAGGAGUGGUAUAAAAAUCUAGAUUUGUUCGCCAAGACAUUGGAAGAAUGGUAUGCCUGUCAACAAACAUGGAUUUAUUUGGAAGUUAUAUUUUCGGCGCCGGACAUUCAGAGACAACUGCCAAAUGAGACUCGGCUUUUCUCUAUUGUGGACAAGUCAUGGAAAGACAUCAUGCGCAAAUUAGCAAAGGUUCCAUUGGCUAUGCCAGCAGCCACUCAACCGAAAUUAUAUGAAGAAUUCGUUCGCAAUAAUGAGAUGUUAGACCAAAUUAUGAAGUGUCUCGAGGCAUACCUUGAAACUAAGCGAGUGGCGUUCCCAAGAUUCUUCUUCCUUUCGAAUGAUGAGCUACUGGAGAUAUUAGCCCAGACCCGCAAUCCGCACGCAGUACAGCCUCAUUUGCGAAAGUGUUUUGACGCAAUAGCCAAAUUAGAAUUCGGCGUGAAAUUGCCAGAAAGCGAAAUGGAGAUCACCGAAGACGGAACUUUGGUCGAGAAGGAGAUGUCGUUCAACACUAGAGAUAUGCUGCAGGCGAAACUCGCUAAGACAGCGAAACCAGAAGAUCUCACCACUGAUAUUAUAGCAAUGCUGUCCCCAGAAGGAGAACGGAUAAACUUAGGGAAGGGCUUGAAAGCUCGAGGGAACGUUGAAGAUUGGCUAGGAAAAGUUGAAGAGGCAAUGUUCGCUUCAGUCAAACGAAGUAUGAAACAUGCCCUAAAAGAUUAUUUGGCACGAACUCGCGUUGAGUGGGUUCAACUUCACCCUAAUCAGGUCGUGUUAACUGUUUCACAAAUAAUGUGGGCUAAAGGAGUACACGAAAUAUUCGAUUUGGAUAUCCCUCUUCGUAUAGAUACUGCUCUAUUAAGCUACGAGAAGAAGUGUAUUAGCGAUUUGAAUGAUCUAGCCGCUCUCACUCGCAAAGACUUAUCAUCUCUUUUCAGAAAAGUAUUAUGUGCAUUGAUCACAGUAGAUGUGCACGCUAGAGACACUAUUCAGCAUAUGGUGGAGAAACAUGUUCAAAGAGCAAAUGACUUCGAAUGGCUAAAGAUGAUCCGAUAUUAUUGGGAGGAAGAUAUAGAUAACUGUGUUGCGCGAAUGUCCAGUGCUAUGUACAUCUAUGGUCACGAAUACUUGGGCGCUGGAGGUGUGCUGGUAAUAACCCCGCUGACUGACCGUUGCUACCUCUGCCUGAUGGGGGCUCUGCAGUUAGACCUGGGUGGGGCCCCAGCAGGUCCCGCUGGCACCGGUAAAACUGAAACAACCAAAGACUUAGCCAAGUCACUCGCUAUACAGUGCGUCGUUUUCAACUGCUCCGAAGGGGCGCGGGGUAUGACGACAAAGGGGACCGAGAGAGGUGCGGGCGGCGGGCGCAUUUUUGUUUUACCUCAUUUCGAUCGUUACGCGAGUAGCGAACACAUGUGCUGA